ACAUGUGUCAGCAGCAGCUUGAGUCAGUCCAACAAUCUCACCCUCAUCCGCCAGGAAUACUUCAAACUAUCAGGAGAGACGCCUUGAAUGUGUCUGCUCGCAUCAGUUCUCCUCUUCAUCACAUCAUAAAGGACACUCGCCAAAUCACAGCACCUCCCUCGAUCUUCUUCAUCUUCAUCGUCAUCAUCAUCAUCAUCAUGUCUGGGAAGUCAGACGGCGCGCAGAAGAAGUGGGCAGCUGUGCGAGGUCGACUGGGCUCGUCUCAGGACUCGGACGGCUCGCAGGAGGCCAACCUGGAGAACGCAGACGCCGAGCUGUGCAUCCGUCUGCUGCAGGUGCCCACCGUGGUCAACUACUCGGGCCUGAAGAAGCGUCUGGAGAAGAGUGACCAGAUCUGGAUGGUGCAGUUCCUGGAGCUCUCGGGCCUCGACCUGCUGCUGGAGGCCCUGGACCGUCUGUCGGGACGCGGCUGCUCUCGAAUCGCAGACGCUCUGCUGCAGCUGACGUGUGUGAGCUGUGUGAGAGCCGUGAUGAACUCGUCCGCCGGGAUUCACUUCAUCGUGGAUAAUGAGGGAUACGUGCGCAAGCUGUCACAGGCGUUGGACACGUCUAACACCAUGGUGAAGAAGCAGGUGUUUGAGCUGCUGGCGGCCCUCAGCAUGUUCUCCUCUGAGGGACACAGACUUGCUUUAGACGCUCUGGACCAUUACAAGUCUGUGAAGACGCAGCAGUAUCGAUUCAGUGUGAUUAUGAAUGAACUCCAAUCCACUGAUAACGUGCCUUACAUGGUGACUCUUCUGAGCGUCAUAAACGCCCUGAUCUUCAGCGCCGACGACCUGCGCCAGAGAGACAAGAUGCGCAAGGAGUUCAUUGGAUUACAGCUGCUUCACCUGCUGCCGAAGUUAAGAGAAGAGGAUGAUGAAGACUUGAUCAUCCAGUGUGAGGCGUUUGAAGAGGCCAUGGCUGAGGAUGAGGACGAGCUCCAGAGGCUUUACGGAGGAAUCGACAUGAGCAACCAUCAGGAAGUCUUCACGUCUCUGUUUAACAAGGUGAGCAGCUUCCCGUCGUCUCUGCAGCUGUUGUCCGUCUUACAGGCCCUGCUGCUGCUGGGACCCGAGCGAGCGGAUAUCUGGCAGGCGCUGGAGGCGCUCGCUAACCGGGCCAUUCUAAUCGCUCAGAGCUCUGAGAUGGACUCGAGUGAGAAGAUCCUGCAGCGUCUCGUCUUCUCUAAGGAAUUGUCCAAAGGCUCUUUUGAGGUUGACGGUUACGAGUCCAGAAGAAAGAAUCAAGCCGUUCAGACGGAGAGCAAAGAUGAGAAACUGGAGAGUUCCUGCAGAUCAGCCAAAAGCCAGGAACCUCCGCGCAACUCCACAAAGACCGGACCUCCUCCUCCUCCUCCUCCUCCUCCUCUCUCAGCAGUGCCUCUCAAAACAGGAGCUGGACCUCCUCCACCACCUCCUUUACCCGGAGCAGCGAUGCCGCCGCCGCCGCCUCCUCCUCCUCCUCUUCCAGGAAUGGGUUCUGCAGGUCCUCCACCGCCUCCACCUUUACCUGGCAUGGGUGCACCUCCUCCUCCUCCUCCUCCUCCUCCAGGAGCAGGUGAUGUGAUCGUGACCCGGGCGUUUCUUCCGCUUGGCCAGUGUUACUCCGCGCCGGCGAGGAGCGGCCCGUAUCCCACACUCAGGAUGAAGAAACUCAACUGGCAGAAGCUGAACUCCAGAGCCGUCACCGAUGGUCCUUCGAUGUGGGCGUCUGUCUCGACCGAUUCCCCGCUGGAGCCCAAUUACAACAGCAUCGAGCAGCUCUUCUGUCUGCCAGUGACUGAACCCAAAGACAAGAGCCCAGCCGCGCCGCUCAAGAAAGAGCCCAAGGAGAUUUCCUUCAUUGAACCCAAGAAGAAUCUGAACCUGAAUAUCUUUCUGAAGCAGUUCAAGUGCGCAAAUGAAGAGUUUGUGUCGAUGGUGCAGAAAGGAGAUUGUUCCAAAUUUGACGUCGAGUCCCUGAAACAGCUUCUGAAACUCCUUCCGGAAAAGCAUGAGAUUGACAACUUAAAGUCCUUUCAAGGAGAUCCAGACAAACUGGCCAACGUGGAUCGCUUUUACCUCUUACUGCUGGCUGUACCCUGUUACCAGCUGAGGAUUGAAUGCAUGUUGCUGUGUGAGGAGACGCUGUCUGUGCUCGAUAUCCUGAAGCCCAAGGUGGAGCUGGUGGAGAUGGCCUGUGAGAAUCUCAGGAAAAGUCCACUGCUGCCCAGUUUCUGCAAACUCAUCCUCGACGUUGGAAACUUUCUCAACUAUGGAAGCCACACGGGAAACGCCGAGGGAUUCAAGAUCAGUUCCCUGCUGAAGCUCACUGAAACCAAAGCAAACAAGAGCCGCGUCACGCUCUUACAUCACAUCCUGGAGGAAGCUGAAUUAAACCAUCCAGAGCUGCUGAAGCUUACAGACGACAUCGAGGCCUGUGAGAAAGCAGCCGGCGUAAAUCUGGACUCUAUUCGGGCCGAAACCAGUCAUCUUCUGAAGCGACUGAGAGACGCGGAGAAGAAAGUUUCUUCGUCACUCGAGGACGUCAAGCAGCAGUUUUCAGUGCUUAUUGAGAAGAACCUGACGGAUUGUGCAGCUCUAGACGAGCGUUUCACUAACGUGGACAACAGAAAGGGCGAUCUGGCUCAGUAUCUGUGUGAAGACGUGGCUCAGCUCUCGCUCGACGAGCUCUUCAGCAACAUCAAGACCUUUCGCCAGCUCUUCCUCAAAGCCCUGAAGGAAAACAAGCUCCGUAAAGAACAAGCGGCCAAAGCCGAGAAAAGAAAGCAGCAGCUGGUGGAGGAGGAGUCCAAGAGACAGAAGGGAGAAGACGGGAAGAUAAUCCGUCGAGGCGCGGCUCCGCAGGACGACGGCUGCAUCAUCGAUCAGCUUCUGGCCGACAUUCGCAAGGGUUUCCAUCUGAGAAAGACUCGUCCCAGGUGCGAAACGGAAAGCCCUCCUAGUGAAAUGCAUAGAGAUAUGGGAGCGUCCGCAGCAAGUGUCAGGUCUGCCGGAGAAGAAGCUGGAUCAGCCCCGGUUUCUACUCCAGGAGAUCCGGCCGAAGGCUGCGGCACCAGUCCCAGUGCUGAAGACACCUCAGCGGAGAGCCUGAAGGAGCUUCGGUCCCCAGCCUUCAGUCCAGCACCAAACACUCCGGAGCCAGCCGACACGUCACCCAGCUGCCUCACCACAGCCAACACCGACCAGAAGCACAACGGAAAUAACAUCAGGUGUGCAGACGAUGUCGAGAAGAGAAGAGACCAGCCGCUUCAGUCGAGCAACACUCGCACGCAUGACGACGCUAACGAGCAGGCGUGUGAUGAUGUCGACGGAGUGACGUCUCAAGCCCCGCCCACUCCCUCUGAAGGCCCCGCCCCCCUGAAACCUGAGAAUAAAAAACAUUUCUUACGAAAAAACAAAAAAGGCAGUAAUGAAGUGGAGGGUAACAGAGGGAAAGGACGCUCUGUAAAGGGCUGUGUGUUGCAGUGAGGAAGCUCAAGGAAAAGGAGAACAAAAAGGAAAAGUUGAGUCCGUUCCUGCUGUGAUCCUGUUAUUCCACUGGAUCUCAGUGAACCGGAUGAGAUCUGAAGAGGCGCAACGGAUGGCGUACUCUGAAGAAAUACACAUUGUGCACUGUGUAUUUGAGUCUGGCUUAAAGAAAUGUAUUUUUAAAUGCUAUAUCUUUAGAUUUGACCUAUCUAUUUUAAAUAUUUGCACACUGUAAGAUGCAUUUAUGACACACCAAAACUUUGUUUACAUUAGAGAGUGGUUAAUACAGGAGAGAAAAAAUGGCUAAUCAUGAAUUUUUGCCGUUUCUCGAAACCUUUAAGAUAAGUUAACUAUUAAUAUUGCUCUGAAUGUAAACUUUAUAUGUUAUGACGAUGUUUGGCAUUGCCCGUGAGAAGUAUUAGUUCAUUGUGAUACCAGUUCUAAAAUAUUAGUGUAAUAAAAAUGAUUGGAUUAUAUUUUGUGGUUGAGUUGGACGGUUUCGUUAUAUUGAUGUCGCUAUGUAUAUUCAUUAAGAAAAUCUUUAAAUUAUAUAAAAAUUUAAAUGUGCAGUCAGUGC